AUGCCUGAAGAAGAUGUUGGAAUGGUGAGCAAUCCGGUUCCUAAUCGUGAGGAAUAUUCAAGAGUACGCUUUGGUGACAAAUCUCAUCGACAGGGCAAAAAUACAGCCGAAUUAACCGAAGAGGACGGAUCACUAACACUUGCCACGAAGCCGAAGCUGUCGUUCCCUGAUGAUAACACCAAGGCUAUUUCCACGAAGGAGGGCGUUUUGGUGGUGAAUGUGCACCAAGCGCCAGAACCAUCCAAUGAACAACAACAUCGAGGUCCAUCGUCUGUGAAAUCCCAUGAUGAAGCGUUUGCGCAUGCAUUACAAAAUACAAACAGUAUGCCGCUCGUGCUGAAGGAACCGGUCGUGGUGGUGUCGUCUGGGCCGGUGGUUUCCGGUGCAGUCGCACCGGCGAAUCCAAAAGCGUCCGGAUUCAGGCGGCCAUUGGAAAUGAUAAAUGACGAUGAUGACCCAGCAAAUGGAGACAUUGUCACUCAGCUCCAGCAGCAGUUUUCUGUUAAGAAUCUCCGCCAUCCUGGAGCAUGCGUGGAACGUAUGAUAAAAGCGCAAACGCAGAAACUUGAGCAGAUUCUUGCGACGCUGGGCGAGAGCAAAGAUUCGCGUGACAUGCACGAGAUCAAGGCGCUGAUCGAUGAAUGGCAUAACAGAUUCCGUGACAAAGUGAUUUCGGCAAAGGAGAAAACUAGCAAACUUGAGAUUUCGAAAGCACUCGAGAAUCUCAUCAAGCUGUUUGAUCGUGUGAAUUUGGAUCUGAUCAAAUCGCAAGUGAAUGCU